GGGGCGGUCUGGGUGCCUGGCUGGGCGUCUCCGGUUGAGGCUUUUUGGAGAAACCUAGGGAGACCUCCUGGAGCGGAGAGGGGCUUGCCUUAGUGGGUUCUUUCCCGCCGCAUGAUGUUCAGGGAAGCCUCGGGUGCUUGUCGCGGCUAGACUCCCAGCAAAGGCUCCGCGGCAUUAGUCUUGACAGUAUGUCUGUCAGUGUUUCGCUGCCUGCCAAGGGACACUUAGGGUUCUUUCCCUAGCAGUCGAGUCGAAUAUGGCUCCUUAUUAUGAAGCCUUGUGUAAAUCCCUCGACUGGCAGAUGGACAUGGAGCUCCUCAGUAAAAUGAAGAAAGCAAAUGAAGAAGAGUUGAAACGUUUGGAUGAGGAGUUGGAGGAUGCAGAGAAGAAUCUGGGAGAAAGUGAAAUUCGAGAUGCAAUGAUGGCAAAAGCAGAGUACCUCUGUCUAAUAGGUGACAAGGAGGGAGCUUUGACAGCCUUUCGCAAGACAUAUGAUAAGACUGUGGCCCUGGGUCACCGACUGGAUAUUGUAUUCUAUCUCCUAAGGAUUGGACUCUUUUAUAUGGAUAAUGACCUCAUCACUCGAAACACAGAAAAGGCCAAAAGCCUAAUAGAGGAAGGUGGAGACUGGGACAGGCGAAACAGGCUGAAAGUGUACCAAGGUUUGUAUUGUGUGGCUAUCCGUGACUUCAAACAGGCAGCAGAGCUCUUUCUCGACACUGUUUCUACAUUUACAUCCUAUGAGCUCAUGGAUUACAAGACAUUUGUGACUUACACUGUUUACGUCAGUAUGAUUGCCUUAGAAAGACCAGAUCUCAGGGAAAAGGUCAUUAAAGGGGCAGAGAUUCUUGAAGUGUUGCACAGUCUUCCAGCAGUACGGCAGUAUCUGUUUUCUCUCUAUGAAUGCCGUUAUUCAGUUUUCUUCCAGUCGUUAGCAAUCGUGGAACAGGAAAUGAAAAAGGAUUGGCUUUUUGCGCCUCAUUACCGAUACUAUGUAAGAGAAAUGAGAAUUCAUGCAUACAGCCAGCUGCUGGAAUCAUAUAGGUCAUUAACCCUUGGCUAUAUGGCAGAAGCAUUUGGUGUGGGUGUGGAAUUCAUUGACCAGGAACUGUCCAGGUUUAUUGCUGCUGGAAGACUACACUGCAAAAUUGAUAAAGUAAAUGAAAUAGUAGAAACCAACAGACCUGAUAGCAAGAACUGGCAGUAUCAAGAAACCAUCAAGAAAGGAGACUUACUGCUAAACAGGGUUCAGAAAUUGUCCAGAGUAAUUAACAUGUAAAACCAUUUUAAAAUGUAUUCCUUUACAUAUGUUACUUGAAAGCUUUUCUAACUUUCUUCACUGUGUGCCCACUUCAACGGCAUCAAAUAAAUAUGUCAUUUGUUUC